CUCGACGCCCUCCCCCCCGACCUCCGUCUACGAAUCUACACACACCUCCUCGUCGCCUCAACCCCACUGAAAGGUCCCACAGCGCGCCAAACCGCAAAAUACAACCUCCACACCUCCAUCAUGCGCGUAUCACGCAAAUUCCACGCCGAAACCCGCAGCGUCUUCUUCGGGAAAAACACCUUCUACCUCUCCUCCAUCCCACCCUCACCCGGCAGACCAGGGACAGCAGACCACCAGCAACAGCAACGGCAAGACGACCGCCACCACGACGGCUCCGGCGCUUUCGAACCCCCGCUGCAACUCCCCGACCUGCCACUCGUGCGCCACCUGGAGAUAGACCUCCUGUACUACCCCGCGGUGCUGACGACGGUCCCGCAGCUGGAUGGCUGCGGCUGGCGGCCCUUGUGUACGGGUGCAGAGCGCUAUGCGGCUACGCUGGGCCAUGUGUUGACGUUUGUGCGCAAUACGCUGAGUAGUCUGAAGUUUAUUGCGGAUGUGCAGCCGUAUAUGGUUGAGCGGGGGGACGGGUCCAGCACAGACGAAACAGAAGAAGAAACAGACACAGAAACAGACGCCGAAGAAGCAGAAGAAGAAGAGUCCUUCGACGUGAAGAAACUGCUCACAGGAUUCCACGCCGCGGGGACAAACCCGCGCUUCAACGCUGCGCUGGCAGAUCUGCCGUUCCCGGAUAUCCCCGUUAGUUUUGUGUUUCCGGAUAGCUAUUUUGGGUUCGUUGUUGAGAAGGAGGUGCUGUGUAAGCGGGGCUUGUUGUUUCUGGCGGGUCAGGUUGUGUUUGCGAGGAAUGAGUUAAGGAUGCGCGCGCUGCUUGAGGAGCUGGAUGGGCUGGAGGGGAAGGGAGAGCUGGAGGGAGAGUUCAAGGAGGGGGGUACAGGGAGGAGGUGC